AUGGAGCGGCUGUCACUUGAGAUCUUUCGACGCGCCUUGUCCACAGGACUGGCGCCCAUGGCGAGCACGGCUUGGUGUCUAGGUGUAUGCUUCCAUCUGGGCUGCAUCCCUUUCGAAAUGGACAACCAAGGAUGGCGCCUCAUUGGGUGCUUUUAUUCUGCCGUGGUGUUACUUACCUAUGCUUAUGUCACCGUCGCUGGCUUCGACGUGUAUGAAUCCGGCAAGAGGGCAGCGGUUGCGGGCAUAUCCUUCAACGCAGGCGUGCUCACGAGCAUUUCUCUGUACCGGCUCUUUUCCCACCAACUACGGCGGUUCCCUGGACCGAUCCUUGCGAGGCUGUCGCGGUUCUAUGCCAUGAGGUUGGCUUCGAAGCGGAAGCAGCUUUACGUGGAAGUGCAAGAGCUGCAUCGACAACAUGGGGAUUUUGUUCGGGUUGGCCCGCGGGAAAUCUCCAUCAACAGAGCUUCUGCUAUCCCGCUCAUCUACGGUCCGCCCUCCCGCUGCCAGAAAUCCCCUUGGUAUAGCCAAGUUUCCACCGACGUCACUGAAGUUUCUAUCAAUUCUACAAGGGACAUGGAAGUGCACAGGCGCAGGAGACGUGCCUGGGACCGCUCGUUCAGCUCCAAGGCAUUACUGAACUACGAACCUCGCGUCAAAGCAAAGACUGACGCGCUGAUAUCGCAACUGAGGGCCAAGCAGGGCAAGCCAGUGGAUGCAACGAAGUGGGCAAUGUUCUUUUCCUUCGACGUCAUGGGCGACGUUGGUCUUGGAAAGGAUUUCCACACCCUCGACACGGGCAACGAACAUCCCGCUAUUAAAGGAAUCCACGACUCCAUUACCGCAAUCGGCUUGCUCACUCCCGUGCCUUGGUUGCUCGCUAUGCUUGGUGCCAUUCCCGGCGCGAUGGGUGGUUACACCGAGUUCAUGGACUACUGUUCUGCUCAGGUCGACGAGAAAGAGCGGACACUUAACAGGGCCGAAAACCCUAGCGACCUAAUUUCCUGGCUCCUAAAAGCCAGAUACGAAGGCGACCAGUCCGCCCCGCCUGGGAAAGGCGCCCUGCACGAAGACGCGCGCCUCAUCAUCAUCGCAGGAAGCGACACCACAGCCGCAGCCCUCGCAACCACGCUCUACUACCUCGCGACCACCCCCCGCGUGUUCAAAAAACUGCAGCGCCAGCUCGACGCCGCCUUUCCCCACGGCGACAAUGAAUGGGGCUACGCGAAAACGAAACAAAUCGCUUACCUCGAUGCUGUCAUCAAUGAGGCCCUGCGCUUAAACCCUCCCGCACCAGGGGGCCUACCCCGCGUCACACCUCCGGAGGGUUUGAGGGUUGAUGAAGUCCACAUCCCUGGCGACACGAUCGUGGGCGUUCCGGCGUAUACGCUGCAGCGGGACGAGCGGUACUUUGAGCGGGCGGGCGAGUUUGUGCCCGAGCGGUGGAACGAGGCGGGGACGGGGGCCGAGACGGCGGCAUUUAUGCCGUUUUCGCGAGGCGCGUUCAACUGUGCCGGAAAGCGGUUGGCGCUUAUGGAGCUGCGCAUGGUGGUUUCGCGCGUGGUGCCGGGGUUUGACCUUGCGGUUGCGGACAGUGAUGCCGUGAAUGGGUUUGCUGCAGGGCAGGUCGAUUCUUUUAUAUUGAUUUCGCCGCCUUUGCCGCUAAGGUUCUUGGUUCGUCAAGCGUAG